AGAAAAAGAGGCACGUCACCGAUGGACGACAAUGGACGCCAUGACGCGUGAACGUAUCGUCCAGUAUCGUCCGUGAGCGAGUGUGAGCGAGUGUUUAUCGCUGUCGGAAUUCCUCUGAGACACAUCGCUCUCGCGCCGCGACUGCCACGAGGCCGGGAACCGUGUUCCGUGCUCGUGCUCCGUGCCCGUGCCGUGCUGUGCGUCGGACAAAAUCCCCCGAGCGUGCUUCGGUGUGAAGUGUGUCAGUGAAGGGACAAAGGGUGUCACGUAAGUGUGCGCCGAGCCCUCGGGAGGACUCGUUCAAAAAAUAAAUAAAUAAAUAAAUAAAAGUAAACCGAAAGAUAUCGCGAGGACUUCGAAAAGAGAGAAAGAAAGAGAGAGAGAGAGAGAAAGGGAGGGAGAGCACUGUAUAUCCACGAGAAAAUUUCGUAUUUAGUGACCUAAAUCGCUUUGCGACGAACUCUUUCCUAGAUAAUUAAAGUUUAAAAAAAAAGAAUGAAAAGGGAAUUGUAAAAUCCACUCAAAACAAAAAGUCUUCCGACGGACUCUUGACGUGUUCGGUGACGCGGCGAAUAAAAACGGUCGUAAAGUUGUUGUUCAUUGAGUAGACCUCUGUUCGCGGGAAGGAGAGAGUGCGCGUAGAGGAUUAAGUAACUAGGACGAGGCGAGAUGAGAAUCCGGGUGAAAAGAGUAUAAGAUAACAUAAAAAAAAAAGAGUUCUUCCCCGUGCUUUCAGAGAGACUCCUUAGAGAACAGCUGCGAGUUCCUUCUCCGUGCACGGGUUGUGUCGCCGCGACGUUGUUGUUGUUGUUUAAGGACUCUGGUAGUAGAGCCUCCGUCGUAAUCCUCUGUCCCAUCCGCGGAUCUCUCUCGCGGAUCAUCUUCCCCCUCCUCCCCCGAGCCUGUGGGCGAUGGCCAUGUGUCGUCCCCCGCUGCUGUCGGUUUGUUGUGUUAGGCUCGAUGAGAGUGCCGGGUGCCGCCGCGGCGCUCUCCGGGACAGUGUGGACUCUCCGCUCGAUUCGGGAACCCCGAACUAUCCUCGCUGUACACUACUACUACUACCGCUACUACUACUACUACUACUACUAUAUAGUCCCUUGUCGCUACCGCAUUACUGUCGUAAGAUGACGCCCAGCGACGAUCGACCGGCGGCAGCAGACGAUUACGGUGGGGGGACAGUCUUCCCAGGUGAGUGACAGUCAUCAUGGGCAGCAGCAACACGGACGACAACCUGAACCUCAACUGCGGUGAGAACGACAACGGCGACGAGCUGAGGAUCGCCGCGGACGAGACGUACGACACGCGCAGCGAGGUCUCCUCCAGCAGCUCCAACUCCGACUCGAGUCAUCCUACCAUCAGCUCAGUCUCCAGCAAGUCCUCGCGCGGUGACAACAAACGCAGUAGGAGGAAUAGGAAUAAGCGGGGGAGAUCCAGAGACUCCAAGUCAUCCAGUCCUGAGCCCAAGCGGGCCAGGUCGAAGGAGAGCAAGGGCACUACCAAGAGCUAUGACUACACUACCAAGUUGAAUUACCUGUUUAGAGACGCAAGAUUCUUCAUCAUCAAGUCCAAUAAUGCGGAGAACGUGACGCUGUCCAAAGCCAAGGGAGUGUGGAGCACUCUACCACAAAACGAAGCAAAUCUGAAUCAAGCCUAUAGAGAAUCGCGAAACGUCUUGUUAGUAUUUUCCGUGAAGGAAUCGGGAAAGUUCGCUGGCUUUGCGAGACUUAGCACGGAAUCGAGAAGAGAUGCUGGCCCAGUCUCUUGGGUUUUGCCUCCUGGACUGUCAGCAAAGGCUUUAGGUGGUGUAUUUAAAGUCGAUUGGAUCUGUAGAAAAGAAUUGCCGUUUACAGCGACGUUACAUUUGUACAAUCCGUGGAAUGACGGUAAGCAAGUCAAGAUUGGCCGAGACGGCCAGGAAAUCGAGCCCCGAGUUGCUGAAGAAUUAUGUAGAUUAUUUCCAGAAGAUGAAGGAAUUGAAAUGACGCCUAUUUUGCGAAAGUCCAAGGAGGCAGGAAAACAUGUUGUGAAGUCAUCGCGCUACCGUGACAAAAGGCCCAUAGGCAGUUCUAGUAGAUUUUUACGAAGAGGCGGACGAGGACGCAAACUGUUCUUGACCUCGAGAUCGCGUUUAGCAUCGCUGGCCAGAGGAUCUCAGGAUAUUACGGGAAAUAGGAGCUCUAGGGAUCAUUCUUAUCGGUAUACGCCGUGGUUCAAUCGAGGCGAUUCGCCUUACUCAAAGGGCUAUGGAAGUGGAUUGGGUGUUGCCGCGGUUGCAGAAGCUUAUGUGGCAGACUACAUGCGUACCAUGCAACAUCAAUUGCCUCCAUUACCGCCUUACGGCCCGCACCCGUACGAUACUCUGCCACCACCCCCUCCACCUCCAAGAUAUUAUGAUGGUCUACCACUGCCUCCAGAUUAUAGUGCGACAGCAUCGGCACUAGAGAAGCGUAGCUACGAAAGAAGCGUCGACGAGUUUCUAUGGAGGACGGCUAGUCGUCACAGUCGGCACAGCGAUCACCGUUCUUCUCGCGAUCAUCACAGAUAUAGGGAUCGCAGAUAAGGAUCUCGACUUUAGUAUUCCCUUUGAGAAUCCGUUGGUUCCCUAAUCCUUCAUGGUACUAAUAGUUGAAAAUAAAAUUUUGUUGAUAAAAGCAAUGAAAAAUUGAUUGCACAUUCUCAAUGAGAAAUUGAAUUAACAUAUCAUUUAUAUUUAUUUGAAUUUAUAGAAUGAUCUUGAAAGAUGUAAGACACAAAAGAUAUAAUUUAUAUACAGGAUGUUCCGUAAUUCGCAACUCAAAAUAUAACCAGUUCUAGAAAAAUUAAGGAUAGUUCCGUAUAAAAACGAUUGAUUUGUAAUCGGUGAGUUUUUGGUUUAAUCCCGGUCCUCUUUUCUGUGUAUGUUUCUAAUGUUAUAAAAAUUUGAUUAGAAAGUUGAAAGAUCUUGAUAAGUAAAAGUUAUUAGAGUUAUUAAAGAGUUGAAGGAUCAUAAUAAGGAGUAAAAGAGUUUAAGAUAAACAGUAGCAUAUUUCGGGGAUAAAUAUUUUAUUUACUGACUUCUCGAAAAAUUAAGUAAAAAAAUAAAUUUUUACUUCAAGUAGUUUUUGAAAUAUAAGAUCAUAAAACUGAUCAAUUACAUACACACAUACACAGAUUACGUUUAAUGAUUAUGCGAUCACUAAUACAUUAUAGUAUCUGAAAUUGCGAAUUUCAGGAGACAUUUUGUAUAAUUAAUGUAUGUAUUAUAAUUAAUAUUAUACGUUUAUGUCCAAAAUGAUUAGGCAUUCUAAUUUUUUUUAUAUCUUACUCAGAUGGCAAUUUACUGAGAGAUUGUCAACAAAUCGAUCAGAUUUUGACUGUAGAGAAUAAGAUUCACAAAUGUUCGAUAAGGUUGAAACCAGAACUCUUGAUCUAAGGGUUCAUCUUGCUCAAACCACACUUGCUUGCCAUGUGACACGAAGUACUAUCCUAUUGAGAAAAUAUUUGACUUCAUUUUCAAAUAUUUUCUUUAUGGUAAAGUAGGAAGAUGGCAAAGUAUGCUCUAACAUUACUAUAAGUAACAGAACUCAUUUGUCUAAUAUAUUUCGCCUAAUAAUUGUAUGGACAUGGCUGUAUAUAUAAUAAUGUUUAAGGGAAUAUUUUAGUAUAGAGCAUGAAAAAGUGGCUAAUUUUUGAGAAUUUUUUGGAGAAAACUUCUGCACAACUUCUACACGUUUACUUGUAUAUAUUGAAUAAAUAUCUAUAAAUUUUGGUUAAAUAUUUAUCACUUUUUAUGUUAUAUGAAUUAAAUUUUUUUUUAAGUUGAUUGACACCAUUUUUCAGAAACUGUUGAAAUUAUCAAUUUCAAUUUUUGUGUACAUUACAAUUAAUGAAAAAUAUUGCAAAUUAUUAAAUAAUGCGGUUUUAAAAAACAAAUAUCAAUUUUUUAAUAAAAUUCAACACAUGAAAAAAUAGUUAAUUCAUGGAUAUUGCAAUUUUAGUUUGGACGAUUAAACAAACGUGUAUGUUAUAUCCAAAAGUUAUAGACGUAUUUGUUCUUUUACGCUUAAUAGCACGAUAAAGCAAUGUGUACUCGUUUUAUGUCUGGAAAUUAUUAAAUCAUUAAUCGUUGUUUUACGAUUGAUACUCUUGGUUAAUACAUUUUACUAAUAAUAAUACAAGUGAAUAUAUAAAAGCGUAAAACAAUAUGUGCAUUAAUUGUUUUUAAAGUAAUUCUCCAAAAUUAGCAACCUCGUUCUCUAAGCUGAAAUAUCCGUUUAACUCUUUCAGUAUGAAACAGCGCAAUAAAAAAAUAUUCUGUGCAGACAGAGUAACAAUAAUAGUUCUUCUUAGCGCAUUUACGCGUCAAUAGUACUUAAAGGGUUAAUAUGUAUAAUAUUAAUUAUAAUAUGUACAUAUUUAUUAAAAAUGUAUAAUUUAAUAUGUACUUAAUAUAAUGUUGUAAUUGUAAAUUAAAUUUGUAUAUAAAUUGCUUCUAUAAAAAUCUAAUUUAAUUGAAAUGUUAAAAUAUUUAAAUAUUAUCAAGAUUCAUGAAGAACUCUGGAAAUCGGCGGAUUCGACUAUUAUCGGCGGAUUAUAACUAUUAACAUAAAGGCAAUUUUAAUCGAUGAUGUUUAAUUGUCAUUAAUUAUCACACUGCGUAACUAUGACGCGAUUCCAAACGCAUUCUCGCUGUUGUAAAAUAAUGUAGAUUAAUUAAGUUUUGUACCAUUGAGUAUUGAAACUUGCAAUUUCUUUACCGACGUCUUUCGCAAUCACACAAAUAAAACGCAAUAAUACUGAAAUAUUCUACCAAUCAAGAAAAGGAAAAUGAAUUCAAAUAUACAGAAUAAAGAUACUUGUUCUCUUAUUAUCUUUUCUCAAACACAUUUUGUACAUUUUAUAUAUUGUUUCAUAUCUGUGCGAAAUAACCACAUUGGUUUUACAUUGUGAUCUCCGUUUUAUGAAUCGGCAAAAUGAUGUACUUUUCUCUUAUUUUAUUCUUCCGUUACUCGUGUUUUCCACAUGUUCCAUUAGAGUGAGAAAACAAAGUGAAACGGAAUGCGCGCCACAUUUUCGUUCUCUAUCAUUAGAAUAAGACUGGAGACUAGAGUAAGAGGAAUUGAAGAUAACAGAGACGUCUCGGUGACUUCACAAAACAGAAAUGAUAUUCAUGUGUGUAUGUGUGUGUGCGUGUCUGCGUUUAUAUGAAAUAGUUUCAAAGUAUAUAUAUAUAACACAUGAAAAUCA